AUGGCCGACGUCAACAUCCAAGAACUCCUCCAGAAGCCUCGCAACGAGUGCACGGAAUACGAGAUUGCACAGCUCGAGCAGUGGGAGUUUAGCAAUGGCCCAUUGUCCAUCCUGCAGACCGCCGUCCGCACCCACUCCCAGGUCCUCAUCAGCAUCCGCUCGAACCGCAAGCUGCUGGCCCGCGUCAAGGCCUUUGACCGGCACUGCAACAUGAUUCUGGAGAAUGUGAAAGAGAUGUGGACAGAGACGCCGAUAACCAACGGAAAGAAGGGCCGGCCCGUCAACAAGGACCGGUUCAUUAGCAAGAUGUAA